CCGCCUUUUUUGGGACGCGAGAGUCGGGAAAACAAUCACUCCAACUUUACUGUUGCUACGCGCGGCUUUAAAUUGUUACUACUUGUGGCUUCGGUAGCAUUUUAAUCACAAAAUUCAACCCCCGAGUGUCAUUAAAGUGCUAUAAAUGAAACAUUUCGAAUCGGACGAAGAGGAAGCAGAGCGUCCGAAUGGUUACCAGAAACAGCUGAGGCAGCGGGCCAACCAAAGCCUACAGCAGCUCAGCGACGCUCUGGAGCAGCUCCACCACGAUGACGAUGAGGAAGAUGAGCCGAUCAGAUGCGGCGGUGGCAGUGAUGGCACCCUCGCCUGCGCAUUGGAGAAGGACCGGCCUGUGUGGUGCCAGAAGAAACAAAGCGAAGCAGUCAAUCAGCUGAAGAGCCUCCUGUUGAAGCAGGGCAAGGAUAUGCCUGCUCCCCUCUCUCUUUCAAAGGACCUGGUCCCAGUGACUCACAACCCGCCAGACUACAUCCAACACCUGGAGGCUGAAGUCCGAUUCUGCAAAGAGGAGCAGCAGGAGCUCAAACGGCGCAUCCGAGUGGUGGUGGUGGAGAAUGAGAAACUGCGUGCGGAGCUCAAAACCAAACAUGUCGAUGUGUCUCCAAAGAACCACCACAUACCUUCAAACUGCACGGUGCAUGAAAAUAUGGCAGGUGACAGUCCCGGUCCCCAGGGAGAAGAGAAACACACAGCAUGGAAACAUGAGCUGGAAGAAUUGAAGUUGAUGCAUCAGGCCCAGAUCGAAAGACUUGAGGCUCAGGUCAUCUCUCACAGGCGGGACCUUGCACUCAGUCAGAAGGAGUGCGAGGAACUGACCGGCCAUCUGAGACGUAGCGAGAAGGAGGCAGCGGCGCUGCGGGCUGACGCCGCGCGGCGUGUGGCCGCCUCGUGUCCGAAGUGCGCGCAGGAGGCGGCGCUCUCGGCCGGCGCUCCCGCCGCCGCGCACGGCCAGGUUGUGGACCGGCUCGCCAAGGAGCGGGACGAGCUGCUGGCGGCUCUGAGCGCGGCGCGCUCCGCUCGGCAGGAGGUCCAGCAUCGGGAGUGGUCGGCCUGUCUCCAAGUCAAAGGCGCCGUUGAGAUGGCCGAGGAGGCCCACCUGCACAGAGCCGAGGCGGAGGUGCGGUGCCAGCAGCUGUCCAGGGAGCUCGCCCGGCAGACGGCGCAGCGGCAACGUGACGCGCAGGCCCUCAAGGACAAAGUGGCCGAGGCCAGGGAGGAAGGACGCGGCGAGGGGCGCAGGCAGAAGGAGGAGCUGGCGAAUACCGUGGCCUGGCUGUCCCAACGCGCCGCCGAGCUGGAGGGCCACCUCGACAGAGUCCAAGUCGACGAGCGCUCGCUGACCGAUCAGCUGGCAGAUGCGCGGCGACAACUUGCCGGUGUGGAAGAGGAGAACAGCAAAGUGUGCGCCGAGCUCCGGUGUCAACUCAGCGGUGCCCAGCUCAAGAAAGAUGAGGCCGAGCGAGAACUGCACCACCUCGAGGCCAAGACCAACAGGCAGCUGGAGAGUUCCACACAGGAAGUGGAAAAGCUGAGCUCAGAGCUGGUUGGCUGCCGGCAGCGCCUGGAGGCGGUCCAGAGGGACGGCGGCCAAUGGCGGGCCGAAGCCCUGAGCCUGGCCGAACAGCUGGCGAGCGCCCAGCGCCAACUGCACCUCACCAGAGAGGCCGGCGAGACGGCGGCCGCGGCUCACCGGGACGAGAUGGCCCGCGCGGCUCAGGCGGGGCGUCGGCGCCAGGCCCAGAUGACGGCGACGCUGGGGCGGACGGAGGAGUGGCACCGGCAGAGAGUGGGCGAGCUGGACGGGCUGCUGUCUUCCCAGGACGGGCUCAUCAAGAAGCUGACGGAGGAGUGCCGCACGCUGGGGGCCGCCCUGGAGGAGCUGACGGCCAACAAAAGGCGGGAAGUGGAGCGGCUGAGCGCGGCCAAUCGGCACCUUGGGGGCGCCCUGAGCAAGGCCACGGCGCGCUGCUCCGACAUGGAGAGGCAGUGCGUCCGCCACGGACGCGUGCACCGUAGCAUGAAGAACAGGCUCCAACAGUUGGACCGGCACUGUCAGAGUAGCGCCCGGCAGGUGUGUGAGCUGCUGGCCAAACACAACCACGUGACGAUGCAGCACACACCACAACCAGGCCACAACUAACACGCGCGCGCGUCUCUCGGCGCGUGGGCGUUUUCAUUACGUGCAGGAACAGAAUGCAUGUACUUUUCAUAAAGCUGCUUUUCCAAAGUGUCGUUCGAUGUAUUUUUUCGAUGUUCGGACACAUUCUACCGGGUUCCGUUUUAUGAGUUCCAAAACUGUCCUCGUGACAUUUACCUUUUUGGAAAGUUGUUUUGUAUGACACUGACAUCUUUUCUAUCCUAACCCAAAAAGGGAAACUGCUUUUAUGAAUUGAAAUAAUCCUUCGAAGUCCCCCUCGCAGACUCGAGGCUUCUUAAUUUUCGUUUCCUUUCCAUGAAUUGCGCACUGGUUUAUUGCUUGUCUUUUUCAGCCUGAUGCAAAGAGGCUUGCUUCGGAUUUCUCGGUUUGGGGGCGCACUGGCAAGUUCCGCUGGGGGAAAAAAACCACUAGAGGGCAGAAGUUCGACAAACACUUGCAUGUAUCUGGUCGUAUUUUUAUUUUUUAUUUUUUUUUUUGGGGGGGGGGGGGGCAUUGCUUCUGACUCGAUUGGGCCUUCCAGAAGCACAUCAUAUACGUCUCAGAGACGCGGAAAUUAGAAAAGGGAGGCGUUUUUUUGUUUCAAAUCAAGUCUGACAGCAGGAUGAACGCCCCCAAAAAUGACAUCCAAUAAA